UCCAACAGUAAACCAUCCUCUCGAGAAGACGAGGCCGCCUUGUCCACCCUAUCUCCCCAUCUCCCUGAUCUUCUCGCGUCGAGACUCGACGCACACCAGCAAACAUGGUCAAGAACGCCGAUUGGAGGGAGUCGAAGCUGAGGACUCAGGUCCUUCAGGCCAGAAUGUCUGCCAGGGGCCCUUUCUCCAUCGAGAGCCCCGGUGCUGAAGACGUCGAGGGCGAGACCAAACCCCGCCGGCACCCUCUCGCUGCCGAGGGUCUCAUCACUAAGCCGGCCGACAACAUGACGACCGCCUACGAGCUUCUGCGCGCCACAGUCGCCAAGUAUGGCAACGCCAAGGCCGUCGGCUCGCGUCGUCUUGUGCGCACACACCAGGAGACCAAGAAGAUCAAGAAGAUGGUUGAGGGAGUCGAGCAGGAGGUCGACAAGAAUUGGACCUUCUUCGAGCUCAGCCCCUACGAGUACCUCAAUUACAACGAGUUUGAGAAGCAGGUCCUCAACCUCGGAUCGGGUCUGCGCAAGCUCGGCAUGAGCCAGGGCGACCGCGUGCACAUCUUCGCCGCCACCAGUGCCAACUGGCUUGCCAUGUUCCACGGUGCCGCCUCGCAGAGCAUGCCCGUCGUCACUGCUUACGACACUCUUGGCCAGGAGGGUCUCAGGCAUUCCAUGGUCGCCACCGGCGCCAAGGCAAUUUUCCUCGACCCUCACCUUCUUCCUACGCUUGGUAACGUGCUCAGCGAUGCCAAGGAAGUGCGCCACGUUAUCUGGAACAGCCAUAACCAGGUGAACCAGAAGUACAUUGACAGCCUGAAGAGCUCUUUCCCCCACCUCACUGUCCUGAGCUUCAAGGAGCUUGAACAACUUGGGGAUGACAACAGUGCUGAGCCGACCCCGCCGACGCCUGAGGACCUCUGCUGUAUCAUGUACACUUCAGGAUCUACUGGCACUCCCAAGGGUGUACCUCUGAAGCACAAGGCUCUGAUUGCCGCAGUCACUGGCGUCAGUGUUGUCGUUCAGCCAUUCCUUGGCCCUGGCGAUAGCGUACUGACCUAUCUCCCACUUGCACACAUCCUGGAGCUGGUCUUUGAGAAUGCAGCUCUGUACUGGGGCGCGACACUCGGCUACGGAAACCCAAAGACCCUUUCCGACUCGUCAGUCAGAAACUGUGCUGGCGAUAUUCGCGAGUUUAAGCCGUCGGUGCUGGUCGGUGUCCCAGCAGUGUUCGAAUCUGUCAAGAAGGGUAUCCUCGCCAAGGUCGCGGCCGGCAGCCCUAUGGUACAGAACAUGUUCUGGAGUGGACUCAGCCUCAAAGGCAAGCUCCUCGCCGCUGGCCUCCCGGGCACAGGCGUUCUCGACUCGAUUGUGUUCAAGAAGAUCAAGGAGGCGACUGGUGGCAGGCUGAAGCUCUGCAUGAAUGGUGGCGGCCCCGUCGCCAAGGAGACCCAGCGCUUCAUCUCGCUGGCUAUUGCUCCCAUGAUUAUUGGCUACGGCCUGACCGAGACCAGCGCCAUGGGCACGCUCAUGAACCCCUCUGAGUGGACGUCCGAGUCUAUCGGCGCCAUGCCUGCUUCGAUUGAGGUCAAGCUCGUCGACUUCCCCGAUGCGGGCUACUUCGCGACCAACAAGCCCAACCCUCAGGGCGAGAUCUGGAUCCGUGGCGACUCUGUGAUGGAGGAGUAUUACGAGAAUGAGGAGGAGACCGCUGCUGCCAAGGCACCUGGCGGCUGGUUCCGGACGGGCGAUGUCGGCGAGUUUGACAAGAACGGACACCUCAAGAUUAUUGAUCGCAAGAAGAACCUGGUCAAGACGGCCAAUGGCGAAUACAUUGCCCUGGAGAAGCUCGAAUCCGUCUACCGGUCUGCCGCCGUGGUCGGAAACAUUUGCGUGUACGCGGACCAGUCCAAGGCCAAGCCCAUUGCCAUCAUUGUUCCCCUCGAGCCAGCUCUCAAGAAGCUUGCCGAGGAGAACGGCAUCGCCGGCAAUGGAAUUGACGACCUUGUGCACGACAAGAAGCUGCGCAGCGUUGUGCUCAAGGAGCUGCAGAACGCCGGUCGGGCUGGUGGCCUUUCUGGAAUCGAGAUUAUUGAAGGUGUUGUGCUGUCUGAUGAGGAGUGGACUCCUGAGAACGUAAGUCAUCCCCACGAGGUCUGGUUUUGUCUGCUGCACGAUACAAGUAUGAUGUAUGCUAAUGGGUUUCUCUCUGCAGGGCCUUGUGACUGCUGCCCAGAAGCUGAACCGCAAGGGUCUCCUUGCCAAGUUCGACAAGGAGGUCAAGGAGGCGUACGGCACAUCGAGCUAGACGGCAAAGGUCUAGUCCAGGUUGCGCUGCGCAUGGGAAGGUUGCCCGGGAGCUGGUGUACAACACGUGUCUGUUUGCAAUUGCUGUUUUCUUGUGUUUUUCCAUUGAAUUGAUUCCCUCCAAAGGUUCUGCGACGACUCUUUGCGGUCGCGAGUAGCAUAGUCAAUGAGUAUUUCCAAAAACUUGUGUGUCUCGCUCGCGUGCAAUGGGCACGGCCUUAUCCGGCCUGGACACCUCAUGCUCGGAACCAUCUCCGGGCGCUUA